AGGUGCUUCGCAAGCCUGGCAUCGUGUUUAGUUCUCCCAGCUUGUUCAAGGCCUCUUCUUCUACAUUAGCUGGAACCCGACAGCCCAUGCGACCAAGAGCCUCAUCGACAUGAUGUCUCAAACUAGUUAUCGGGUUCUUGUAUACCUAUAAGGAUGUCAAGCCUCAGCCCACGGAACUUCCUGCAAGAGGGGCGUGAAGAACACCGCCAUUCGCCAACUUCUGCUCCCAAAAGCCAGGAACCAGCUGUAACUCUACGGUUGCUUGCAUAUGGAGGAGAGAGACCUCUUUUGACGUUUGGCUCUUGCACGGUGGCCAGCCAAAAGCAAGCUCGUCUUUGUCUCCUCAACGAGACCGAACUUGACAGGGUCUUAACGCUGGAGCCCCCUCCGACGGGUGUAGCAGUGUUUGAUGAAAAUGGCGCUGCAAUAGAAACUGUUCCUGUGGUGCGCCGUAGUCACCGGUUCCUGCACAUUGUAUGGAGCCCCGGAAGUGUUGGUAGCCUGUGCGAGAGCCUGCGGUGGCGCAUGCCCGAAGGUAUGCGCCUCGCGCGCCUCGAGGUCAGGUUGCAGGGUACUGCAGUAGACUAUCCUCUUACUCCGCGCGCCGCCCGCGCUGCCAUGACCACUGGAGCAAGGAGCAGCAGUGGUGGUGCUACCGGGCCAGCCGCCAGCGCUAGCGGCGCCAACCUCACUGCGAAUGGGGCGCGGCAGCACGCCCCGACAGCGGGGGACCAUAUGGCUCCUCUGAACUCGUCCCGUGCUGCCAGCGCAGUUGGGACUAAGAGCAGCAGUGGAACAGCUGCUGGGCCAGGCGCCACAGCGCUUGGGGCCAGGGCGACGCUUGCAGUAGGCAAGGCGCCUCCGCGGACGCUGUCACUUGCACGGCCGCAACCGGCCGCAGCAGCUGCGGCCGUACCAGGCAGCACGAACACCAGCGUGUUACGGCCGGCGCCGUCUCUGGAAAUCCCUACGGCGGCGAACACAGCGGCGGCUGCAGCAUCGACUAGCACCAAACAACUUAGCACACCAGUAUCCAGCCCAACAUCCACGGCAGGCGGAAAGGCGGCGUCCUUGCGGCUGCGGCCAACAGUGAGCCCAACGCUUCAGCGGAAGGCUGAGGCUGGCAGAGCUUUAGAUUUCCGGCGCGUAGGGAAUGCUGAGAGCAAGCGGGAGCGGGGGCUGUUGGCCUGGAUGAACAACGAGGUCCAACCCCUUGAAGCAACCGCAGCCGGUGCUGGUGGUGGGGCCAUGGAAGGUCAUGUAGUCCGGAGGCUGCUUGGCGAGGUGUCCGGCAAGGCGUACCUGUACUUUAAGCGUGAUGAUGAGUUUGCGGCCAUGGCGUCGAAGAUAGAGGCGAAGAUUGCCACGAAGCAGCUGGCGCUGAAGGACCCGGCGACGACGCUGAGCGACGUCCGCAUGCGGCAGGAUGCGGUUGACGUCCUGACUUCUUACCACCCCUUUUGGCUGGCAGUGGGGCUGCAGACAGUGCUGGGAAAGGCGCUUGUCCUGUCACAUGAUGACAUGAACGCACUCAUGCAUCCCGGCGGCGUUAUGCCGGCUUUCCUGCGAUCCCGCGUCUUGGACAACCUGCUGGCCGACCCUGAGCUGCCCACGCAGUUCCGGCACUCCACGAACAAGGCAGAAUACUGGGAGGCGCUUGGCGUGCGUGUCCUGGGGCGCGUGCUGCUGCUGGCGUUCUUGCUGGACCGCAUGAUUCAGCGGAACGACCUGCCAGCCGGGACGCCGCCGCUGUUCCGGAACGACGCUGCGAUUAAGUCGUCUGAGCAGCUGCUGCAAGGCUUCCUGCAGCCACGCUUGGCAGGAGCCGGCGACGUGCGUCACUCGCUGCGCAUGAUGGCGUACAACGUCGAACACGUGCAGCACCCACGUGACGAGGCGGACUACCGCGUCCAGCGCCCGGCGGACCUUCGCGAUGGGACGCGGUUAGCGAAGCUUUACGACAACCUGCGGAAGCAAGCUUACCCGCAAGCGGCUUCCAACCCCAGCAGCUCUGGGGGCGCGCUGCCCAGCAGUGCCGGUGCGCGCCCAAGCGGCGGUGUAGGGCCCACUUGCAACAGUCGUAUCCCCUCCACCCAUGAAGAUCUCCUGCCGACCAUGGCCUUCCCGCAGCAUAGCGGAAAGCCCUUGGAUGAGUCGCAGAUGCGCAACAACUGCCUCCGGCUUGCUCGAGCGCUGCAGGUUCAGGGAAUUAACCUCCAGGGUUUCACGCCUUGUAGCGGCGGCGCCGGUCCAGGCUUGGAUGGCAUUGCCAAGUCCGUCGCUGACGGCUUGGUGCGGCUGGAUCAGCGAGUAACGCUGGGUAUCCUGUGGCAAAUGGCCAUGCACUUCAAGCUUCGGCGGCAUGUGGACGUACGAGCCUUGGAGCGAGAGACCUCCAGGCUGCGGCGGGUAGCAGCAGCGGCUGCUGCGUUCGCCGGCAUGGACGCCGGGACCGCUCCUGCCUCAGUCCUUGGCUCCGAUGACCCGGUGGUCUUUCGUUACUUCAACGAGCCGACCAGUCAGGCGCUGCUGCAGUGGAUUCGGGCGGCAUGCACGCCGCAUGGGCUCGCCGUCGACGACCUCACCUGGUCGCUGUCGGAUGGCCGGGUCCUCUGCUACCUGAUCCACACGUACGUCCCGGAGGCGCUGCCGCGCGACCGCGUCUCCUCGAUCAGCGUGCCGUCCACUGCGGACGAGAUGGCACGGAUGACGGGCGGCGCCGAGUACGUCACAUUGGAGACGCUCAAAGCCAAAGGUUGGUACGCCGUCUACCAGAUGGGCGGUUGCAUCCAUGACGACGGCCUGGCCUCCGCCUACAAGCGCAGCGUCACAGCCAACUUUGCGGCGCUGCAUGCGGCCAGCGAGGCGCUGGGGGUGCCCUGCCUGCUGAGCGCGGAGGACUCCCUGGACGACGGCCCCGACGAGCUCACCGCCAUCCUCUACGUGGCGCUGUUGAGCGAGGCGCUGCUCAAGAUCACAGCGGAGAGGCGCGCGGCGUACGUCAUCAUGGAGUACCUGCGCCGCCGGCUGAGCUGGCGCCCGAGCAACAUGCGUGCGGCACGACAGCAGUACCAGGUGAUCCUGCGGCGGCAUGAGGCGGCCACAUCGGUCCAGGCGUUUUGGCGCAUGCGACGCCAGCGCUCGCGGUACAUGGCGGAGAAGCGGGCGGCGUGCGUGCUCCAGGCAUACGUCCGGCGCUUCCAUGUCAUGCGGCAGCUGCAAGCAGAGGCGAGGCGGCGGCAGGAGCAGGAGCGCAUCGCUGCAACGGCCAUCCAGGCGGCCUGGCGCGGACUCUCGACACGGAAGGCGCUGGCCCAGCAGCACGCUGCGGCCCUGGUCAUCCAACGGCACGUCCGAGGCCACUUGGCUCGCAUGUGGUGCAUGCAACAGCGGAUCAACGCCUCCCAGCACGCCGCCGCCACCACCAUCCAGGCCCAUUGGCGCGGCUUCCGCGAGCGCCGGCGCUACCAGAGAGUGCGAGCCGCAGUCCUGGCGCUCCAAGCACUCGAGCGCAUGCGCCAGGCACGAUCAUGGUACCUUGCCGCAAAGCGUGGCGCCAUUCAGGUGCAGGCUGCAUGGCGCGGCUGCCAGGCCCGGGUGCAGUACGAGGCGCAGCGGCACGCAAUCCUGCGCAUUCAGGCGGCAUGGCGCCGUGCAGCAGCCCAAAAGCGGUACCAACUAGCACGCCUGCGGAAGGCUGCUACGGUCAUCCAGUCGUCCUGGAGAGCGGAACAGGCGCGCCGGAAGUACCUAGCCUUGCGGCAAGCCGUCAUCACAAUUCAGGCCUCGCUGAGGGCCUGGAUGGUGCGGCGGCAACUGCAGCUGCAGGAGCGGGCGUCCACUGUCAUCCAGAGCCUCUGGCGUCGUCACAAAGCCAUGGCCGCACUCCAAGCCGCUCGCAACGCCGCGGUUGCCAUACAGGCCCGCUGGCGAGCCCUCGUGGCGCGCCGGCGCUUUGCUUCUGUGCAGAUCGCCGUCAUCCGGCUGCAGGCGGCAUGGCGAGCACACGCCGCGAACGCGGCGUAUUCGGAACUCCGGUCCGCCGCCGUCACCAUGCAAGCGGCAUGGCGAGGCCAGCAGGCUCGAAGAGCACUCCAGCUGAAGCACGCCGCCGCAACCACCAUUCAGACCGCCUGGCGGGCACAUGUUGCAAGGCAGCGCUUCCAGCAGGCCGUGGCGGCGACGGUGCGCAUCCAGGCUGCAGUACGACGCAUGCUCGUACAGCGGCAGUACUUCCGGUUGCAGGAGGCGGCAGUGUGUGUGCAGGCCGCCUGGCGAGCAAGAUGCGCGAGGAUGGAGGUGCAGGCUCGCCACCAUGCCGCCACGCUCAUCCAGGCCUCAGUGCGGGCUUUGGUGGCGCGCCGGGCCUUCCUGCAGACCAAGGAGGCGGCUAUCGCGGUGCAGGCCGCCUACCGAGGCCACCGUGCGCGGAGAGCCCUGCAACAAAUGCAUGCCGCCGCUACAACCAUUCAGGCCGCGUGGCGGCACCACCGGCGCUCCGGCGCAGCAACCGUACUGCAAGCCUGGUGGCGCAUGGUGCUCGAGCGCCGGAACUACCAGCGCAGCCGGCAAGCCGUGGUCCUGCUGCAAGCGCACACUCGGGGCAUGUUGGCGCGACAAGCCUUCAGCCGCGCUCGGGACGCCGCCAUCGUCAUCCAGGCAGGGUAUCGUGCCCGCCGGGGCCGUGCAGCAGCGUGGAGGCAGGCGGAGGCGUACUACACCGGGCGCCAGCAGGUGGCUGCGUUGCGGCUGCUAGACAUCGGCAGGCAGUGGAUGAUGAUGGCGUCUGGGGCCAUGCGCAUCCAGGCUUGCUGGCGUGGCUACAAGGCCCGCCAGGCCUAUGCCGCCAUGCUGGAGCAGCACCGGAAGGACGUGCGGGAACGGCGGGCGGCGACUACAAUCCAGACGAUCUGGCGCGGCUACUCGGCGCAGCAAAAGUACAAGAAGAUGCAGGAUGCCUUGGUCGUCCUGAGUAACGUGCUGGUUCCCAUCUACCGGGCUCGACGAGAGCUGGCGCAGCUGCGGCGGCACCACGAGACACGGGUGCGCGCCGCCGUCGCCAUCCAGACGCAGGUUCGGGCGUGGAUGGCUCGGCGCCGCCUGCUAAAGGCUGUUUGCGCGGCCACACGAAUCCAGGCUGCCUGGCGAGGCCAUGCGGUGCGGUUGCGCGACGGGCGGGCGAAGCAGGAGGCGCGCCGGCGCGUGGAGAAGGCCACUGCGGAGGCCCAGAAGGCGCCGCACCGGCACAUCGGCUACCGCACACGCGAGGCGUUGGAGCUGCUGCUGCGGCCUAACAAGAACUUCUCGCAGAUUAUGGCAGCUAUUGAGGUGAUGUACACUGCGACGCUUUACAGCCGCGACUGCUGCAAGCUCAUCGCUCGAAACGGGGGCGUCGCGACUCUGCUGCGGUUUGUGCGCUCCUGCAACCGCAGCAAGCAGCACGUCGACGCCCUUACCCGGUCGCUUGCGGUGCUGCAUAACAUCUGCCGGUACGAUGCGCUGGUGCCGGACGUCUUCCACGCGGAGGACUGCCUGACGGGCCUCAGCGAGCGGCUGCAGCUCUUCCGUGACACCGAGGACGUGUUCCUGCCGGCCGUGGCCCUGCUGCAACGGCUGGUGUCACGCGAGGAGCUCGCUGCCGCGGUCCCGCCGGCGGUUCUGCGGCACUGGGAGGGCAUUCACCAGGUCCUGUUUCGCAAGGCGGACAACGAGCGCAAGUACCUGGAGCGGCUUGAGGGCCAGAAGGGCAGCGACAUCUCUGCCCGCGAGUCGGCACGCAAGCUGGUGGUUGUGCAGCAGCAGGUUGUGGCGCUGGAGGCGUUGAUAGCGCGGGCGCGGGCCGCAUCUGGGGAAGACAGCUCCGCCCCCGCAGACAUCCACGACAACGACAAGGACCUGGCGCGGCGGCAGGCGGGAGGCCGGCUUGCCUCUGGCGUGUGUGCUGGGCAGGGGGGGCCCACAGCGCCCACAGCGGGAGGGGUGGCGAUUCCGGGGCUUAAGAACACGCUGGUGAAGGACACUGUACAGCGCAUGGCCAUGAGUGGGACGGCUGCUGGGGCAGUCGGGUACAAGCGCACGGGUCCGGGUGGGCCCGGCUCUCCGGGACAGGGGGCUAAGAGCAACGGCCUGGCUGGUAGGCCGGUGAUCAGGCAACCCGAUGCAUAGAUGUUUAACGGUGAGCGGAGGGUCCUUGCGGCAGAGCUAUGUACAUCAGUCUUGACGAGUCGGUGCGCCUGACGAAGUCACUCUUCUUUUCCAGGUCAUUGGUCCAGAAUAUAUGGCUUUGUAAUGAGCGUACAGGCCUUGAUGCCUGCACAGCGGUCGAGUUCUUGUCGUACAUACAGUUUAGCAGGAUGACAUGACCUCAAGAAAGGAAGAAGGGGCUGAUAUAUUAUAUGUAACUAUCGAUCUAUUACUCCUGGACCCAUAUUUGCAAACAGAGAAUAGCAGUUUUAACGUGUUCUGGAAGAUCUUGCGAGACACUGGCGCCUCUCCUUGACGCAUAAAAAACACAUUAAAGAAUGAGUGAGCCUGCAGGACUUAGCAUGUCGCUAGACGAUCUAAUAAAGAAGCGGUCGCAAGGAGGGAGAGGAGGGACCCAAGCAAAUCGUGGUGGAGGACGCGGUGGCGGAGGGCUUAGCGUCCGCGGUGGUGGUGUCAACAAGUUCUCGGACCGGAAAGGCUUCGUACAAAGGCAGGGCGGAGAGCAAGCUGUGCAGCACACCCAGCAGCAUCGCGGGGGCUUCGGCGGUCGCCACGGAGGCCCCGCUGUCCAGCAGCGGCGCGGGGGCUUUGGGGGUCGUGGCGGCUUUGGCGACCGCCAAUACCACAACGGUGGCUCAGCUGUGUCCAGCAGCGUGCAGACGUACUUUGACGACAACACCGGAAACGUUGUAGUCAAGCUUAAGGAGACAGACGUCGUCAGCGUUAGCCCUUCGGGCGAAAUCGUCCUAAACACGGGCGGGUGGUUCACCCAGACUACGCUUGAAGUCAUGAACAAGGCGCUCGGGGUACUGCAAAUCCGGGUGACGGCCAAUGGCGACGUGCGGGAUGGCUCCUGGCAGAUAGCAUACGGGCCGCACCUCCUGCGCUUCUAUGACGGCAUCGUGCUGCACCCUAAGAACCCCGCCACCGCUGCGCAGCGCGCCCCCAUCGUGCUUGCCGCCAUGACGGGCGCCGCCCUUCCAGCGGCCGCACCCGUUCCCGGUG